AUGACGCCCAUCGUUCCAGACUUCGCUCGCCAUUCGCGCACAUACUUGUUUGUGGGCGCGGCAGCUCUUGGUACCUUGGUAUUUCUCAAGUCAAUAGGAACCUCUACCAUUCCGACUGGACCGCAUAUAAUCCCUUCGCCGAAAGACACUCUGUUGCCAAAUCUUACGGCUGAAGAAGUAAAUCAAUUGCCAUAUCCACCAGACCCGUUGCCCGGACGAAGAGAUGUCAGCUCAGCCUUGGGUGAUACCCGCGUUUACGAGUGGGGUCCGGAAGAUGGACGUAGGGUGAUACUCAUUCACGGCAUCUCGACACCAAGCAUAGCACUGGCCAACAUUGCUCAAAAAUUGGUCGACAGAGAAUGCCGCGUGAUGCUAUUUGACCUCUUCGGCCGCGGCUACUCCUCCACCGUCACCCCCUACACCCACCCGCACACCACCCUCCUUUACCUCGCCCAACUCUCCAGCUGCAUCGCCUCCUCGCCCCUCCCCUGGACCUCCUUCACCCUAAUCGGCUACUCCCUCGGCGGUGCCCUCGCAGCAGACAUCGCCUCCCGCAUCCCCAGCUCCAUCGAAAACCUCAUUCUCAUCGCCCCUGGUGGCCUCAUCCGCUCCUCCCACAUCAACUGGAGAUCCCGCCUGCUGUACUCCUCGCAUGGGAUCCUCCCCGAGUGGCUCAUCGAACAACUCGUAGCGCGCCGGCUGUGGACGGGGCCGGAGACGGUGGCGCAUCCCGAGCCGGAAAAAGACGUCGCGCAGCUGAGCGGGGAGAUUGAGGAGCCGCGAGGCGGGCUGAGGUCGGCCGCGGUGUACACGACGAGCCAUCACCGGCUGCUGCCAGACUACGAAAAUAGUACGGCGGCGAAGGUCGUGGACUGGCAGAUUCUGCAUCACAGGGGGUUUAUCCCAUCUUUUGUGUCGGCGAUACGAAAUGCGCCGAUCCACGGGCAGCAGGCGCGGUGGGGGAUUUUGAGGAGCAAUAUUGAGACGGAGGUGGGCGGGGUGAGGAAGGUGUUUUUGGUACUGGGCGAGACGGAUCCGAUUAUUGUCGCGGAAGAGCUAGUAGAGGAUGCGAUAGAUGUGCUAGGCAGGGAAAAUGUGGAGGUGAGGAUUGUCAAGGGGGUGGGGCAUGAAGUUGCGAUUUCGAAUGCAGAGGAUGUUGUUGGGGCGGUGGAAGAGGCCUUUGCGAGUCAAGGCUAG